GUUUCUUCCCCACUUCAUCUCAAACUGCGCAGAGAUUCUCGAGGGGGAAGAAGGUGAGAGAAAAAUGGAACAGAGAAGGUUCUGGUGUGAAAAGGGCUCGCUCUUAGGGUUAAUUUUGGGGGUUUUUCUCACAUGCAAUGAGUGCAUCAUAAGGUCUGAUGCUUCAAUCCACGAGUACAGAAAUGAAGCUUUCAAUCCUCAGUCAAACGCCUUCUUCUUCCAUGGCGGCAGUGAAGGCCUCUACGCUUCCAAGGUCCACGAUUCUACUGAUAAUUCUUCAGCAGACAAUCGCCACCUCAAGGGCAAGUCCUUCAUCAAGUUUGAGAGUGUCACUUUUGUGAGGACGAAAGAGUCUGCGAAUAAGAUGAGUGAAAUGCAGCAGGACACUGGAUUGGUGGAAGCUAUCAUUCUUGAAGUGAAGGACAGGGCAAGGAUUGGAGCUUCUUUCGUCCAAUCGGAUCAAAUAUGCUGCACCAAGAAUCUAUCGAAUUCUGGAUACUGCACGGCGGGAGAGGUUGUUAUCCACAAAAAUCUGGACAACCCGGAGUGGCCUGUGCGCAUCAAAACAUUCUUUAAUGGAAACGAUGAAGAGGCGAAGAUGGAAAUUAAGACGGUUGAUAUCAACAGUUCCGGAAUGUACUACCUUUAUUUCAUGUACUGUGAUCCGCAACUCAAGGGUACGCUGAUUAAAGGAACGACCAUCUGGAGAAACCCAGAUGGUUAUUUGCCUGGGAAGAUGACUCCUUUGAUGACAUUCUAUGGCUUUAUGUCUUUAGCUUACCUUGUGCUUGGACUUGCCUGGUUUCUGAGAUUUGUUCAGUUUUGGAAGGAUAUUAUACAAUUGCACUACCAUAUCACAGCGGUGAUUGCUCUUGGAAUGUGCGAAAUGGCUGUGUGGUACUUUGAGUAUGCCAAUUUUAAUUCAACUGGGAUCAGACCUAUGGGCAUUACAUUGUGGGCUGUAACUUUUAGUGCUGUCAAGAAGACUCUUUCCCGCCUUCUUCUUUUGGUCGUUUCCAUGGGUUUUGGUGUAGUGAAGCCUACACUUGGUGGUAUAACUCUGAAAGUAUUUCUUCUUGGUCUGGUAUAUUUCGUGGCAUCAGAAGCACUUGAGCUUGUUGAACAUUUGGGGAACAUCAAUGAUUUUUCAGGAAAAACAAAGUUAUUUUUGGUUCUACCUGUUGCCUUCUUAGAUUCGUGGUUUAUUCUAUGGAUUUUCUCAUCGUUAUCAAAAACUUUAGAGAAACUUCAGAUCAGGAGAAACUUGGCUAAAUUGGAGCUAUACCGAAAAUUUACCAACUCGCUUGCAAUAUUUGUGCUUCUUUCGGUUGCUUGGAUUGGGUUUGAGCUAUACUUCAACGCAACAGAUCCCCUGAGUGAGUUUUGGCAAAUUGCUUGGAUUAUUCCAGCAUUCUGGAGUAUUCUUGCCUAUGCUCUCUUGGCAAUAAUAUGCAUCCUUUGGGCCCCUUCACGUAACCCAACUAGAUAUGCAUACAUGGAGGAAGCAGGAGAUGAUUUUGAUGAGGAGGGCAUCUCGUUAACCAGUGGAGCGUUGAAGGUCAGUGGAGAUGUGGCAAUCAAGCGAGAAUACGAGAAUGCGCAUGCAGAUGAUAUGGAGGAGGAUAAGCGAGAGUAGAUGCUUCCCUUCCCUGUAUAAAAGUGAUUACCAUGACGAAGCUUCAUUUUCUUGAUCUUACAAUUCCGGAGUUCUGUGAAUCGUUGAUACAGAAUCCAAGUAUUAUGUAUUAUGCAGAGAGAAUAGGUGGAAAAGUAGUUACGGUAGAAAAUAUGUGAAGAAAGAAAUACAGGUGAACUUUGGUGCUGUACCGUAAUUUUCUGACCGCUUUCAGUUCCGGCAGCGGAACGAAGAUAAUCUAAUUCUUGACGAGCUAUGUCCAUUCUCUGAA